AAAUCUUUCUGACGUAAUCUACACUUAGCCAGGAAGCUCAUUGCUUUAAGUCAGGCGGCGUAGUCGUCGUCAAACAACAAACUAAAGUAUACUCUAUUUCGGAUCAUGUUCCAGAGUGCCUGCAGAAAGUUGGGUUCAGUAAGUUGCAAUCUUCAUAAAGCCAGUAAUUAUGGAUCAUUGAUACAUGCAACAAGGCCUUUGCAAAUAGCGUUUGCCAGGACUUUCACUGACGGCGUGAAGGACAUCAACGCAGACAACAAACCCCAGUUUGAUAUCUCCUUACUGGAAUUUCUCGUCUGUCCGCUAUCCAAAAAAGCACUGAGGUACGACGAGACGACGAAUGAACUGGUAAACGAUGAACUUGGCAUAGCUUAUCCUGUAAUCGGUGGAAUUCCCAACAUGGUACCACAAGACGCCAGAAUGAUUCGGAAAGAUUCAGAAGAAAAGGAAAACCAGACGAAGGAAUAA